AGAUUGUUAUUCUAUCUCAAAUAUUUUGUAAAGGUUAUUAUAUUACUCAUAUACAUUAUACCUUAACCUUAAAUUCCUAAUUAAAAACCUAAUUCUACCCUAAAUUCACAAAACACACGCACAAACAGAAUGGGAAAGAAAGGAAACAGGGGAGCUCGAGGGGGGGAAAUAGAAAGGGAAAAGAAAGGAAGGGGAAGGAGGGAAGAUGGGGAAAAUGGAGAACAGGAAGGGAGACAGAGGACGAGGGAGAAGAAGAGAAGGGGAGGAACGACGCUAUGGAGCUUGGCGCCGCUGCCGAGCUGCUGUCGCAGAGAAGAAAGGGAGAGGCGAACGUAACCCACGGAGGAGAGGAAGGAACUGCCGUCGAGCCACGCCCCUUUGCCUUGUUCGUGUAUUGCCGUUGCUGUUCGCUGAGGGUGAGACGUGAAGAGAAGAUGCUGACCCGCACCAUCGUGCCUCGCUAUCUUCGUCGAGCUUUCAUCAUUGUCGCUCCCUAUUCCCGUUGCCAUCAGGGUUUGCUGCCGCUGCCAUUGGGAGUGACGCAGCAGAGGAGGAGUCGUUCCUCUUCCGCCGCUGUCGCCGGAGACCUUGGUUGCUACUGUUCAUAUGGAAUUGAUGCUGCUGCCGCCGUCUCAGUUGCGUUGAAAUCACCGCUGCAGUUGCCAGUUUAGACUAAGCAGGGAUUGUUGCGUUAAACUAUGCGAUUGCGACAUCGAGCGACAGGUUUGAAGACGCAAUUUAAAGCUGCGAGCGAUCAGUAGGCUUUCUUUAUGGUCUUAAUUGCUUUCAUUGAGUCCCCUCGCUAUUGUCCUUUGAGAUUUUAUUUUACAUAGAGGGGUAGGUUUAGUAUAUUGUAUUUGAGUUUUAUUUGGUCUCUUUUGUAUGAGAAUUAUUAUCAAUAAUAUUUAUGUGAUUAUUAUUAUUUGUGAAUGUUUGAAUUAUGACUUUAAUGAAAAAAAAAUUUUCUGG